GUCGGAUUUGAAAAAAUCGGAUUUGUGCUGUUCAAACUGACUUUAACAGAUCGGAUACAGGUCACAUAUGGGUUAAAAAAAUCUGAUUUGGGCCACAUUUACCUGCAGUCUGAACGUAGCCUUAAGAGUCAGUCAUGAGCAUGCUUUCAUUGAAUAUACCCUCCAUUUGUGUUGGUUUGUUUUGGCUCAGUCAUUAUCAAAAACAUGAUUUGUGCUUCUGGAAGGGAACCUUUAUGUGGCAGAUUUUUAUCUGCCAGGCAAGAAAAAUGAAUUUUCUGUUCAAGACUUAAAAAUCCCAAUCACAUGAUGAUUGCAGUUUGCCUUUGUUAUAGGAUGUAAUCGGAUGCAGUAAUAAGCAAAAAUCAACAUUGUUGUAUCUAUUGAAACUUCUUUCAUAUUGCUGUGAUUGUAAAUUCUAGUUUUAUAUCCACACUAUAAUCAAUUAAAAUGCCUUAAAACAGUUUGUGUUGUUGUGUCGUAAAUCAGUGUCUGGUCGUCCCUCACAUCAGUCAGCUGACCGACAUCUGCCUUCUGAUUGGCUUAGAUUCAGACACGUGACUGGUUAGGAAACCUUGUGUUUACUCUCCUUCCACCUCCAGAACAUGAGGCAGUCGUAGUCCAGUUUGACCGUCCAUUUCCACUUUUAUCAUUUAUUCCUGUUAUCUGCGGCUCACUUUAUCUCUGCUUGUGGCGUCUGUCUUCAAUUUUUGCUCACGUCUUGUUCGGACACUUAAGGCUCGUGUCAGCUGUGCGCGUGAGUGUCCGGUAGCUGAGAUUGAAGUGACCAGAAGUGGACAUGACGGCUGUGUGGAGCAGAGCAGAGCUCCGGUGGGUCACCGGAACCCUCAGAUGGACCAGAGCAGAGCUCCGGUGGGUCACCGGAACCCUCAGAUGGACACGGACAACGGCCCCGUUCCCCUCCAGGUUCCCCACGAGCCACUGUCUGCAGGUUCAGUUCUGUACUGUCCCUCCAAAACCUGUCAUCCCUUCUAAGAAGCCGUUCAAAGUGGACCUAGUUGGUGGGAAGCGACACUCAUGGUGCACCUGUGGAUACAGCAAGAAACAGCCUUUCUGUGAUGGAGCCCACAAGUUGAAAGCCAAAAGCUUCACUCCGCUGCGAUUCUUCCCUGAAAAAGACACCACGGCUUGGUUGUGUGGCUGCAAGUACACAAACAACCCACCGUACUGUGACGGCACGCACAAGCAACACUUCAUAGUAUCUGCACCACUACAUGAAGAGAAUGACUCUUAAACAUUAGUGGACUGCCAGAUGAACCUUUUUGGAGACCAUUGCACUUUUGGGAGAAGUAAGAAUAGCACAAUCAACAAAUGCUUGAAUGUUUUGUCUUGUCACUAUGUAAAGUGGCGUUUGAGUCCAAAGUGUUUCUAAGUUAAGACGACGACCCUGAGCCUCAGACAUUUUGAGGCUACGUUCACACUGCACACCAAAGUGAUCCACAUCAGCUCCUUUCACUUAUAUGGGACUCAGACCGCUUUUUAUAAUGACAGUGAGCAACGCAAACCACAUGCACAUGGACACUGAUAUUUCCAAGUCUCACCCAUUCACACAGUCUUGAAUUAGAUACAGAUCUGAACUCUGAAAUGUCAGAUCUGACUUUUAUCGCUCUCUUUUAUCUCUGUUGAGAUUAAUCACAACUCUACACGGAAGGGAGUUGUUCACAUACUAUAAAAUAACUCAGAUGAGCUCAUAUGUAUGCUGUGGUGAUGUCCCAUGAAUGCAUAAAUAAAUACAACAGAUAAAACAUGAGAUCAGGGCCCUCCUGUAAAAAGGGAAGAAACAAUUUUCAGCAUUUUUUCAGAUGUGUCAGUUGUUCUUUUUGUGUUUUGAAAAGAUUUGUGUUAUUUCCAUUUAACUUUCCUCUGUUAUUUAAGGUCAUAACUAUUUAUACAUCCAUGUGACAUCACUGCAGAUGCCCAAAAGCUGUACAAAACAUCGUGUACUACAGGGUUGACUUGUAGUAAGAAUGGCGGAUGAGCCAAAGUGUAAAAAAAAAAAGUCUUAGGCAGCAGUAAAACUCAACAUCCACAU